AAACGUUGGCGGCGUAGGAAGUUUUGAAGACAGAAACUGCACUCGUUUUCCACACUGUGCAGUUAAUACGACCUUUUGUCGCUAAAAUGCAGAAUAAAGAAAAUUAUGAGCCCCGGGCAGCCCAAAGACAGUUUACAACCCCAAGCAUGGUGUCAGGACCGCAGCGUGUUCUGGUGAAGCCACGAAUAGAAACAGUGAAAAAUCAAGUCACAGGUCCCGGAAGAGAAUUGGUUAGCUCCUCCAGUUCUUCACCCAAGAAAGUCACCAUUGAAGACUUUGACAUUGGUCGUCCACUUGGAAAGGGCAAGUUUGGCAAUGUUUACCUCGCAAGGGUGAAGAAGCUGCAGUCCAUUGUGGCACUGAAGGUGUUGUUCAAAUCACAAAUGGAGAAGGAAGGUGUGGAGCAUCAACUCAGGAGGGAGAUUGAGAUUCAGGCCCAUCUGAAGCACCCCAAUAUUCUGCGCUUCUACAAUUAUUUCCAUGACCGUAAGAGGGUUUUCUUGGUGCUGGAGUAUGCUCCACGUGGUGAAAUGUACAAGGAGCUGCAGAAAUAUGGACGUUUUGAUGAUCAACGAACUGCCACCUACAUGGAGGAGAUAUCUGAUGCCCUAAUCUAUUGUCAUGAGAGGAAAGUGAUUCAUCGUGACAUCAAGCCAGAGAAUCUCCUUCUUGGCUUUCGUGGAGAGCUGAAAAUUGCAGAUUUUGGUUGGUCUGUCCAUGCACCAUCUCUAAGACGUCGGACCAUGUGCGGGACACUGGACUACCUUCCUCCUGAGAUGAUUGAGGGACACACCCACAGUGAGAAGGUGGACUUGUGGUGCAUUGGCGUCCUCUGCUACGAAUGUUUGGUUGGGAACCCACCGUUUGAAACAGCCAAUUACGCAGAAACUUACAAAAGGAUUAUGAAGGUGGAUCUGAAAUUCCCAAGUGUCAUCUCGGAUGGUGCACGUGACCUGAUCUCCAAGCUGCUUCGCCACAACCCCACCGAUCGUCUCUCACUUAAGAAUGUUAUUGACCACCCAUGGGUGCGCGCCAACUCCCACAGACUCCUUCCUCCAACCUGCCCUGGCAAGAAGACCUAAGGCAUCCUCGCAAGCCUGUUCCUCUGCUCUGAGAUGCGUUUUAACUGUCUGCUGCAAGAGACUCUGGGCCAGCAUGAUUUGGACUCACUGCCAUUAUUCUGGCACAUUUUAUAACGGGCAUAGAUUUGAGUGUUUCACUUGAUGAUUAUUGCAAUUAUACAUAGAUGGGCUACAGAUAACCCAACGGGUUUUUAGUGUAACUGAAGAAUGCUUGUCAUUCGGGUUCACUGGUUUUGCUUAAAAAUGCAUAUAUUUAAAUUAUGGGCGUUUUUUCUUUUUCUCUUCCAUCCAAAAAAAUCGUUCCAACUUGUAUGCAUGCACUCGCUUGUUUUUUUUCUCCAGUGUAUUGUCUUUAUAUAGUUUGUCUGGUAUUGUCAUUGUCAUUUUUUAAUUGUCUCUCUUUAGUAAUGUAUGUUUGUGGGUUGUUUUUUUUUUUUUUUUUUUAAUUAAAGAAGUUUUUUUUUAUAGUUUUUUUUUUUUUUUUUUUGCAAAAAUAUUCAAAUAUAUCAAAAUAUUGCUCCUAGUUUGCCUGAUCUGUAUAUAUUCAGUUGUUGAAGAUGAGGUGUUUGGUCACUUUGGCUGGAGGGAAAUUAGUUAUUUUUCCUUUCAAGCCAUACUACAGUUUUCAAAUAAAUGUUAUAAAAGGAUUCUUUUUGUAUAUCGUUUGUAAUUGAAAAUAUGGACGUUGUGUAAAAGUCGUGCUUGCUCUUUUUAAUUUAAGUUUUCAAUCCGGAUGAUACACUUGUGAGGCUUUUGAGUUUAGUAUAAAGUUGUGUAAUUUCCAGUUAAAUAUCGUCCUUCAACAAAACAUUUUAAAGCUUUGUUAGCAGUCCCACAACCGUGCAACCUUUACAACUAUUUGAACCGGAAUGUUUGUCCUGAAAACAUGUGCAAGGUAGCGUGGCCGAGCGGUCUAAGGCGCUGGAUUAAGGCUCCAGUCUCUUCGGGGGCGUGGGUUCGAAUCCCACCGCUGCCAUUAGCUUUUUAACAUACAUUAUAGUCAAAGUCACCAUCUUCUACUGAUCAUUUCCAUUGAUGCCA